AUGGAGCAAACCAAUGAAUUUGACCUAAACAACUACGUUGUAAAAGGCUUCUUUGUUGAAGUAUUUUUAUCUGUUGUUCACAGACUAGUCCAUGAUGGAACAAUCACAAAGAUGUAUAUUGCCCAAGUCGUCAAUUAUACACCGCCCAAGCUUGUGCAUGCUCAACAGAUGGCCUUGUAUGAAUGCACCAAAAUACAAACAGCUUAUUUCAAUAAUAUCAAAGCUUAG